GAGCUUGCCGGCCUCAAGGUGCUCCGGGACGUCGCAGAAUGGGCGGGCCUCGACGGUGACGACGACAACGCGAAGAUGCCGCGGGGGAUCGCCGCGGGCGUGCAGCAGCCUCAGGCUGAGGCCCAGUCGCAGGCCGACGACAACGUGAAGGCGAUCAAUCGCGCCUGCGACAGCAUAGCGGCGCUUCUCCCUACUCUUGAGGCGCACGCCAAGAACAUCACGGAGGAGCGGGGAGCUGGCUCGACUAAGGCAGUCCUCAAGGAGGUGAUUGACCCCCGGCUGGAGAGCGCAAAGCCCCUGCUGGACAGCGCCCGGGUCUUGGCGUGCACCGCGGACUACAAGAUCGCCUAUAAGGUCAAGCCCCCGCCGCUGGAAGAGCUCACGCAGGAGCAGCUGGCGGCUUUGGAUUCUGUCUUGCGGAGCGGACGGAUCCCCUACGCAGAUUUCGCUGUGUGGGGGCCACAGGGCAACCGUAUCCUCAAGCAUGUGAACCUCGUGGGCAAGACUUGCAACCCAGACGGCACGCGGUCCAUGGUGGAGCUGUUCGGACAAGCGUCGCUGCUCAGCCAGGAGGCGAGGGCCCUUGCAGCGCCAGCGCCGGUAGAUCCGUCGGCCGGCGGGGGCCGCCAGAAGAUCAGCCUCCUUGUCGUUCUCGCCGAGACGGAAACGCGUUGGGGACUUCCUGGCAUAGCCGUGCGCCUCCGCAAGCUGGGUGCGCAGACGGCGGUCUACGACGCCGGCGGCGGCGAGACGAGCUCGCUCCUGGCGCAGAACGCGCGGCGCGAGUUGGACGCCAGGAUUGGCGCGCUCGAGUUCCACGGUUGUGCGCUGGCCCCCCCGUCUGCAACUUUCGACGGUUGUCGCGACGGCGGCCCUGCUUUCCGCGGCGAGGCGCCUCCAGACAUCUACGGCUUCCGCCGUCUCUCGCCAGAGGUGGCCGAGCGUGUCCGCGGCGAGACAGCGUUGGCCCUCUGGGCGGCUGCCGUGGCGCAGAGGUUCCUGGAGCUAGGCCUCCCUGGGGUGGCAUUGACAGACGCCCGUUGUCCUGGUCGCCCAUCAGUCCUCGAGCUCCCUGAGUGGCAGGCGAUUAUGGACUCGCUGGGCGUCGUUGCCUCGCCUCGCGUCUGGAGCGCCGUCGGCGCCGUCGCUGCGCGGCCGGUCGAGAUCGCGCGUUGGUGCGCUGAUCUCGCCGGCGCUGCCGCAGGGCCAGCAGCGGCGUGCUCCUCCCUCGCGGGGCGGCUCCCGGAAGCCGCCGUGAGGAACAGGUUGGCGGCGCCGGAGGCUGAGGCCGCGCUGGUGCGAUCGGGCCGCUUCUGCAACAAGUUGGCCAGGCCAGCGAAUGGCGAAGUCGGCAGGGUAGAUCUGUCCGAUGCCCAGUUGUCCAUCGCGCUGCCUCUUCGCCGGCGCGAGCCCGACGCCAGGGCCGCUCGCUCGGCGCAGGAAGCCAAGGCGGUCGGCGGCAUGCGCGGGCCAUUGCGCCCCCUGUGCAAAGCCCCGGGCUUCGAACAGGUGUCGGCCGAAGUGCGGGCAUUCCUGGUCGACGCGCUGAUAAAGUAUUCUUCCGUCCACAAUAAGUUUUGGGCUGCCCGCGCCAGAGCGGGCGACGGCGCCGGGCCCGCGGAGGCAGAGCUGAACGUCCAUCGCCCCGCCUUCGCCGCGCUCCUGGGCGCGUCAUCGCGUGGCCGUGCCCAGACAGAGGCGUGCCCGAGCGAUGUCCGAGCAGACUUGCUCAGGGCACGGGCUGCUCGCGCGGGCGCCCCAGGCGCAGGCGUCGCAGAGUGGUUCUUCACGGGGGCCCCGGCUGGCAUCGUGAAGUCGCCGCCAGAAGACGGCGUGUUCCCCCUUGCCUCGGACAACGUGCUGCCUCGUCCGAUUGGCAAUUUGGUCUUCGAUGCUGUCGGCGACGCCUCAGGCGGUGAAUCCGCGCACCCGGGCGAGGCAGCCGUUGGGGAGAUCAAAUCUUAUUCUUCUCGUUGGUGGCUGGCGUCCGCGGCAACCUUUGAGGAGUGCUGCGAAAAACUCGGCGGCGCCCCUGCGUCGUCCAAGUUUGUCCCCCUCACCAACGUCAUGGAGGGGGGGGGGAAAACCCAGUUCGGCGUCGAAUGGCUUGUCGUUGACUUCAACGACGCUUUCUGGAACGCGCCGCUGCCUGUCGGGGAGCGCCGUUUUUUCGCCGCCAAAGUUCGCGGCAUGUACUAUUGGUACUGCCGGGCGGCGCAAGGGGGCCGAAACGGCCCCUGCGCGUGGGCGUCGGUGGCGGCGCUGCUGGCAAGGCUGUCGCAAGCCUUGUUCGCGGACCCUUCUUCCCCGAAGUCUUUCGGGGAUUUCAGGGCCGCUCUCCGCUUGCAGACGUGCGUCGACGACCCCGUCCUGAUCGCGGCAGCGCUGUGCUCGCGGCUGGAGGUGGACGAGUUGGCUUCGGCCCUGGAGGCUGCUGGCUGGGCCUCCACUCCGGUGCGGCGCGGAGAUGCAAAAGUCUCCCGCGGCUGCAAGAGAGGCUCCGCGACUGUUGCCCUUGCGGCAGCCGCGGAGCCGGCAUCUCGCCAGAGGGCGCUCUCAGAGCUCGAAACUGACGGAUUCGCCAUGACCUCGAUUGCUCCACGAAUGUCACUGUGGCGCACGUGGGUGCUCCUUCACGAGGCCGUGAUCGUCGCAGGCUCCUUCUUCCUGACCAGGGAGAUCGACCCUGGCAAUGCCCUGCUAACAGACUGUUCGUUGUGGGACCAAAG